AUGGCUUCCAGUUCUCAGGCCAAUUUGACUGAAUCUCAAGAUCAAGUGAGCCGGAAAAACUCAACCCAAGUAGAUCUAAACGUUAGCCAAUUUGUUCAAUCGAUCAAAUCUCUCGAUUUGAAUAGUUAUGCGACACGAAAAUCCUUCGCCCAGGGUAUGCUUGAUUUGGCGCUACUUACGGCAAAUGCAUCACAAUUAAAAUAUCUGCUCACUGUUGGUGAAGCUCAUGCAUUUUAUUACCUGUUGUUGUCACUAGUGAUACUGUCGAUUUCUUUACAAGUAUUUCAAGCGGUGAUGAUACUGUUACUGGCUGUCGUACUGGACAUAAACAAAACUGAAGAGCACAGAAAAACCGAUAUUCUUAAUAACAUUUUGAUCAUGUUUACGGUAAUCAGUGUAGUGAUAAACGUAAUUAUAAGUGCCUUCGACAUGAAAACACAAGGUGAUCUUUUGCAGUUAUAG